UCGUAGUCCUGGCGAGAGUCAGUCCACCUCCGAAUCAGCUAGCUAGCACACGUAUAAAAUAGAAACCUUAAAAAAUUGUACGUUAAAAAAAAAAUCAGUAAUUCGUCGGUUGUGCCUCCAUCAGCUCUCAUCGAAAAAAAACGAAAACGAAAGAAUUUUCCCUCGAAUUAAUUUUUGUGUGAAGUUUUUUUAAUCCAACUUUCGUUCGCGAACUUUGAUUUAAAACCUUCGUCAAAAUGCGUGAGAUCGUGCACAUCCAGGCCGGGCAGUGCGGCAACCAAAUCGGUGGCAAGUUCUGGGAGGUUAUUUCCGACGAACACUGCAUCGAUGCCACUGGUACUUACUACGGGGACAGCGAUCUGCAGCUGGAGCGCAUCAAUGUCUACUACAACGAGGCCACCGGAGCCAAGUACGUGCCAAGAGCCAUCCUGGUCGACCUGGAGCCUGGCACCAUGGACUCGGUCCGCUCUGGUGCCUUUGGCCAGAUCUUCCGCCCGGAUAACUUCGUUUUUGGACAGUCGGGCGCUGGUAACAACUGGGCCAAGGGUCACUAUACCGAAGGUGCUGAGCUGGUUGAUUCCGUCUUGGACGUAGUCCGCAAGGAGUCGGAAGGCUGCGAUUGCCUCCAGGGAUUCCAGCUAACUCAUUCCCUGGGUGGCGGCACUGGCUCGGGCAUGGGAACACUGCUUAUCUCGAAGAUUCGUGAGGAAUACCCCGAUCGUAUCAUGAACACCUUCUCGGUGGUGCCAUCGCCGAAGGUGUCCGAUACUGUUGUAGAGCCGUACAAUGCCACCCUAAGUGUGCACCAGCUGGUGGAGAACACUGACGAGACGUACUGCAUCGACAACGAGGCACUGUACGACAUCUGCUUCCGUACUCUGAAGCUGACCACACCGACAUACGGUGACCUGAACCACUUGGUCUCUGCCACAAUGUCGGGGGUAACCACCUGCCUGCGAUUCCCUGGCCAGUUGAACGCCGAUCUGCGUAAGCUGGCCGUGAAUAUGGUGCCCUUCCCCCGACUGCAUUUCUUCAUGCCCGGGUUCGCACCACUAACAUCCCGCGGCUCCCAGCAGUACCGGGCCCUGACUGUGCCGGAGCUGACCCAGCAGAUGUUCGAUGCCAAGAACAUGAUGGCCGCCUGUGACCCCCGUCACGGCCGUUACCUAACCGUAGCCGCCAUCUUCCGAGGACGCAUGUCCAUGAAGGAGGUGGACGAGCAGAUGCUCAAUAUCCAGAACAAGAACAGCAGCUUCUUCGUCGAAUGGAUCCCCAACAAUUGCAAGACAGCGGUGUGCGAUAUUCCGCCCCGUGGUCUAAAGAUGUCGGCGACUUUCAUCGGCAACUCCACAGCCAUCCAGGAGCUGUUCAAGCGCGUAUCCGAGCAGUUCACAGCCAUGUUCCGGCGCAAGGCUUUCCUUCACUGGUACACCGGUGAGGGCAUGGACGAGAUGGAGUUCACCGAGGCCGAGAGCAACAUGAAUGAUCUGGUGUCGGAGUACCAGCAGUACCAGGAGGCCACCGCCGACGAGGAGGGCGAGUUCGAUGAAGAUGAGGAGGGUGGCGGCGAUGAAUAAGGAGUUUCUUUUUUUCUUACGUACAAUGCCACCGAUUAUUGAAGAAACACCUCAACACACCCAACACUGACCCAUAUACGCCCCCCAAUUCAACACGGAAGCUAGUGGAUAACAAUGAGCGCAGCCCUUAAUGGAGUACACUAAACCGAAACCCACGAGAUAGACACCUACUACCUACUACAGCUUUUAUUGUCGAUUGUACAUAUUUCCAUAGUUGGUCUUUGUGAGAUCGUGCGCCACACUAACAUUUUACACUCUUGUUAUGUGUUGCAAUUGCUGUGUAUUGGAGGUUACCGAAUAAAUAUUGUUGGAUGACCUUGUAA